CGGGACGACUAAUAACAUCUUCUCUGGCCAUUUUCGCCAGGCCCCGUGGCUGGCGUUGGAGCGACAUUUGUCACACCAGUAUAUCCCGGCCGCAGCAUCAUCAUAUCCAGCCAUGGGAGGCCCUACAUUGCGAAUCGGUGUCGACGUCGGCGGGACCAACACGGACGGCGUGAUCCUCGACCUGGCCCGCUCGUCAGAGCCCGACCGGGGCAUCCGGGCGUGGAAGAAGUCGAGCACGACCAAGAACCCGAGCGACGGCAUCAAUAACGUGAUCCGCGACAUGUUUGCGCAGCAGCAGGCCGAGGGGCAGGCCCGCAUCGCCCCGGCCGACGUGGCCAGCGUCACCAUCGGCACGACGCACUUCAUCAACGCCGUCGUCGAGAUGGACCGCACGCGGCUGGCCCGGGUUGCCGUGAUCCGGCUGUGCGGCCCCUUUUCCAAGGACAUCCCGAUCGGCAUCGACUGGCCGCCGGCCCUGCGCGAAAUCAUCUGCUGCCACCGCGGGCUGGUCUACGGGGGGCUAGAGAUUGACGGAAGCCUUAUUGCGCCGCUGGACGAGGCGGGCGUGCGACGCGAGUGCGAGGCGAUCCGGGCCAAGGGCAUCCGCAGCAUCGCCAUCGUGGGCAUCUACAGCCCCAUCGACGUGGUCCACCGGCAGGAGGAGGCCGCCGCGGACAUUGUGCGGAGCGCGUAUCCCGAGGCCGACGUCGUGUGCUCCAAGGACGUGGCCAACAUUGGCUUCCUCGAGCGCGAGAACGCGGCCAUCCUCAACGCCUCGAUCCUGCCCUUUGCCCGGCGCACCAUUGCCUCGUUCCGGGACGCCGUGGCCCGGCUGGGCCUGAAGUGUCCCGUCUUUGUCACCCAGAACGACGGCACCAUCCUCCCUGCCAGCGCGGCCGCUCGUCUCCCGAUCCGGACCUUCUCGAGCGGGCCGACCAACAGCAUGCGCGGUGCUGCGUUUCUCAUGCAGCAGCAGGAAAACAACAAUGACAGUAAGAAGCAGGCCAUGAUGGUGGUCGACAUUGGUGGCACCACAACAGACGUGGGCAUCCUGCUCGAGACCGGCUUCCCGCGGCAGGCAGCGGCGUACAGCGAGAUCGCCGGCGUGCGGACCAACUUCUCGUACCCAGACGUCCGCAGCAUUGGGCUCGGCGGAGGGUCUAUUGUGCGGAGCGACAGCGGCACGGGCGAGGUCACCGUCGGGCCCGAGAGCGUGGGCUACCAGAUCCGGCACAAGGCGCUCGUCUUUGGCGGUGACGUGCCCACGACGACCGACUACACGGUCCUCGCGAACAAGACGCUCACCUCGAUCGGCGACCGGGCCCUGGUCGAGCAGGCCGGCAAGAACCUGGACGCCACCCUGCCCGCAGUGCAGGCACGCAUCCGGGCGAUGCUGGAGCAGAUCAUCGACACGAUGAAGACGUCGCCCGACGACAUCCCCGUCGUGCUGGUCGGCGGCGGCGCCGUCAUCGCCCCUGACCGGCUCGCGGGGGCCAGCCGGGUCGUCAAGCCGCGCUGGGCCGGCGUGGCCAACGCCAUCGGCGCCGCGACGGCCCGGGUGAGCGGCAUCGUCGACUCGGUCGAGAACACCGAGGGCCGGUCCCGGGACGACAUGAUGGCCCGGUUGUCGCAGCGCGCGGUCGACGCGGCCGUGGCGAGCGGCGCCCUGCGCGAGACGGCCGAGAUUGCCGAGAUGGAGAGCUUCCCGCUGCAGUACAUUGCCCACAAGUCGCGCAUCAUCGUCAAGGCCGUCGGCGACUUUGACUACACCCGCACCGACAUGGGCAGCCUGGACAUCUUGUCGUCUCCCACCAGCACCGAGGACACAUCUAUGAAUGGCCACGACGGCGGAUUCGCAGACGACACCGACCACCUAACCAAGGACUCGAUCACGGCAUACCGGCCGACAGUGGCCAACCGCGAGUGGCGCCUGACCGAGACGGAUCUCGAGUUCAUCAGCACGGGGUGCUACAUCCUCGGCAUCGGAGGGGGAGGCAACCCGUACCAGCACUUCCUGCGGCUGCGCGAGCUGCACCGCCAGGGCGCCGUGCUGCGCGUCAUCUCGCCGCAGGACCUGCCCGACGACGCCGUGGUCGCGUGCGGCGGCGGCAAGGGGUCCCCGCAGGUCUCUGUCGAGAAGCCGUACGGCGACGAGAUGCUCGAGUCCCAGCGGGAGCUGUACCGGUACCUCGGGACCAAACCCACGGCGGUGAUCCCGCUCGAGAUCGGUGGCGGCAACGGCCUCCAGGGGCUCGUGAUCGGGGCGUCGAGCAGCCUCGACAUCCCUGCUAUCGACGGCGACUGGAUGGGCCGCGCGUACCCGGUCUCGUGGCAGACGACGCCCGUCGUGUUUGAGAAGAGGGCCGUCAUGGUGCCCACGUGCAUCUCGGACGGCAACGGGCGCAUCAUGCUCAUGACAAAGUGCCCGACCGAGCUCGACGCGGAGCGGGCGCUCAGGGCCGCGCUCUCGCAGAUGGGCAGCCAUGUCGGUUGUGCCAAGGGGCCCGUGACGGGGAAACAGACGAAAGCCUGGGUCGUCGAGAACACAAUGUCCCUCGCCUGGCGGAUCGGCCGGGUCGUCGCCCUCGCCCGGUGCUCCAACACGGUCGACACCGUCGCCGAGGCCAUUGUCGCCGAGGUGGGCGGCGCCGAGUCGGCCCGGGUGCUCUUCAAGGGCAAGAUUGUCGGCGUCGAGCGUGUCCUGCGCAUGGGCCACGCAUACGGCGAGGUCAUUAUCGAGAGCACGGAGAGCACCACCACUUCUGGUGGUGGUAGUGGCCCGGACAAGAAGAAGCGGGACCGCCUCGUCAUCCCGUUCAAGAACGAAAACAUCUACGCCAAAAGAGUGGACGCGCUCACGGGCGCCGAGGAGAUCCUGGCCGUCGUGCCCGACCUCGUCUGCGUCAUCGACGCCCAGAACGGCGAGGCCCUGGGCACCCAGGAGUACCGCUACGGCCUGCUCGUCACCGUCCUGGGCAUCACCGCGUCCGAAAAGUGGACGUCGACGGCCCGCGGGCUCGAGAUUGGCGGGCCCAAGGGCUUCGGGUUCGACGACCUCGAGUACAAGCCCCUGGGCAAGUUUGUCAAGCCCCGGAGUGUCAUUGACGAGUUUGACGGCGCGGUGGCGUGA